AUGAAAUAUUCGCUGGCUUGUAAACAAUGCGAGGACGGCUAUUGCCCACUGAAUCCGGAAGAAGAAGAACCAGAGCUAAAGUGCGCCGUUUGCGGCGCUGCUUUUACCGGUGAUCUCCAUAAAGCACGAGUGUUCUUAAAUCUUUUCAAUGAAUACCGUAAGUAUUUUGCCUUAAGCAAAAUCUGUGAAGUUUAUAGUCUAAUUUGCUCGCUGCUUAAAAUGAAAAACGCUAUUUCGAAUACUUUCUGCUCUUUCCUCCGUUCCAGUUUUUCCUCGCCGCUGAGAGGCAGUAAUUGUGGCUCUGUUUUUUUAAUGCGUUUUUUGCGUCAUUGA